AGUGCUUUAAUUACCGCUGAUUGAUAAACGUUUCACAUCAUCGUUACAACUGACGUAUUUUUAGCACAUCGUUUUCCACGUUACGGUUUUAUAAAAACCGUCAACGUCCGUUAUUCUCCGCAUACGUGUGUAAGAUGUGGAUACGGACGGUACUUGGGUUGUUGUCGAUAUUGGUGUCGGUACAAUGGUGUGCCGCCCGGAUAGAGCCGCUGACCUACCUCCCGCCGGACCUUCAAGGAUACUUCGAUACAUGCCAUAGUACAGGAAACUUUACCACGUAUCCAGGCGAGCUUCCGUUCUGGGCGUCAAUGCAGCUGUUCAUCUGCAGGUUUGUUCAACACAGACAACUGAGUCCCCAGGAGACGCGGUUCGUGUACAACACAAUUGGCUCCUCUCUGUCGCCUCUGUAUGAAGGUCAUCAACGACGGGGGAAACGACAGGCGUCUACACCACCCAGAAUACGGAAAGAAGUCCGGGCAAUGACAAGACCAGAACUGGUUCAAUAUUUCAACGCUCUGAAUAGGCUUAAACAUGAUAGAAGGCUUCGACCAAAUAUCUACGAUGUUUUAGCAUCUUUCCACGAAGGAGAGCUCAUCGGAAGAGCCCAUUUUGGUCCCGGAUUUCCUGGCUGGCACAGACUCUAUCUCUGGCUACUCGAAUCGUUUCUCCAGCUCUACAAUCCCAGAGUAACAAUUCCGUAUUGGGCUUCACAUUUCGAUAACGAUAUGGACGACGCUAGACAAUCCGUCAUAUUCAGCGAUGCAUUCUUUGGCCCAGGAGUAGGUCCACCAACUUCUGGACCCUUCCGGGGAUGGCAAACUGCUAACCCGAAUACCAUAUACACUCGCGCCUUUGGCAAUGGUGGGCUCUACACGUACGACGGGAUUCAGAGAAUUCUUAUGAGGACAAGAAAUCGGGAUAUUUUAGUUCCAACAGCGCAGGCAGACAGUAACUUUGAAUUUCAGCAUGGUGCAGCACACGUCUUUGUAGGCGGUUCUAUGAAUAAUCUAAACGAAGCCACAAGAGACCCAAUAUUCUUUAGCCACCACGGUUUUGUUGAUGAAAUUUGGGAACGCUUUCGAUUUGGACAAAGAAGAGCAGGUGUACCGACGCAGACUGACUAUCCAUGGGACCCAAAUGAUCCAAGAUUUAGACCUACUCAUAACCCUAAUGCAAUGAUGGGCUUUUUCCCGGCUGGUGAACUUAACAUUGACUAUACACAACGUACAGGUUAUUCCGAUGUAUUCUUCAGUCUAGUGCAGUAUGAACCAGUACCUUCUUGUCCUCGUUGCGCUAACUCACCAUAUUUAUGGUGUAACCGGAGAUUAAACCCUGCACGAUGUGUUUCUCGAACAAUAGCAGAAAUGAGAACUUCAAAUAGGGGUCUUGUUGACGAUCUUCCUGGUCUUUUACCAACUGGUACGGGAACUGUUGCUGGACGCAAGAAGAGACAAGCAAAUCUAAGACCUACAAAUCAAGUUUGUCCGAAACUUCCUUUUAUUGACGAUUAUGAUGUGAAUAAUUUGUAUAGGAACCCUCCCUACACAUGGGCAUAUGUUCCUGUAAAAGUGGUGACAAAACGCCCAGUCGACUUCCAUGGCUUCCAGAAAUACAGCCUGUAUGGUGCACAAAAUUACAACAACGGGUUGAAGAAUGUAUUCGUAACACCCGGGAACUACGCAGGGUACAACACAUGCAACAAGCGUUUGUCUGAAGCAGGAAAAAUUAAGAUUGUGGCUUAUGGACUGAAUCAUUACGCCUAUUCGCAGGAGUACGUCAUAACUGAUAAUCGACUGGGAAUCAGUGAAUCGAGUGGAGUUAUUCAAGUUAAAAUGCCAGGAGGUACCAGCAUGUCUGACGUAAUGGUUGCUGCUUUUGACGAAUGCGGUAGAGUUUGUAGACCAUAUUGUAAGCAAGGCACGUCUAUGACACAUAACGGUGAUGAAGGUUUUAGUGGCGGCAUCCGAGUAUCUGCUCAAUCGCCCACACAGUACAGUUCCUCAUAUGGUGAUGCCUUGCUCGGCAUGUGGAACAUACCCUCGCAACACUCCUGCCCUUCAAUUGACCUUACCCAAGUUCCGCUUUCGUUUUUCUGCGACUAUACCGAUGCGUGGUUGUGGGAUUCGGGAUCAGUACCGCAAGGAACCUAUAUCAGGCAGGGUACAGGCAGACACGCGUUAAGCCCUCCCCAUGGCAUUGUGUCUAAUCCGCGCCAUGUUCUUCCACCGUUAAUUCCCGGACCUUUAACAGCGUAUGGUCCGACAGGACAUACAGGGCCAACGCACGUUUGUGCUGUCAGUCCUACUUGUACGGUGAUGGGGCGAUGCGGCGAUUGCCAGGAUUUUGACACUAAGCCGUGCAGCAACGGACGCGAGGUGGCUAUAUGUUUAGACGGUGGCUACUCUAUGGCCACAGGAAUAGCAAACAAGCGGAGUGCGAUAGCCACCGCUAGCCAACGCUAAAUUAUAGUGCGUGUGUAUGUACAUGCGAAAUAAAAAGACACCAAUCAACUAGCCCGUAAAUGCUGAUAAAUGUUGAGAUAAUGUUAUGUUGAGCGCUUAUUUCAGUGUAUAUCUAUGUUCACUGGCAAUACAUUAAUGAUAAAAAAAAAUGAAAAAGUUUUCACGUUUGAGUUCCUGGUAAUCACUUUUUGACAAUUUUAUUGUUUAUUGGGUUCAGAACAUGGUUUUGAAUUUAUAAAUGUAUUUUAAUUGGUAGACCAGAGUCUUAAAAUAUUAUAUAUUUUAUUUACAACAUGGUCUACUUUCACUUUUGACCCAGUUUCUCACUUUCGGUUCGUAAUACAAGUAAACAUGUAAAUAAAGCAUCACCUUAACAUU